AUGAGGCUGAAAUCAGAAUUCGUCGUAAAUGUAGAGGCCAAUAAUCCCAACGCUCACAUCAGUCUAAUCUACGGAAAAGAGAGCAAUGUAACACUCUGGUACAGAGACCAGGAACUUAGCCAAGGGAAGCUACCAAGUUUUCGACAAGGCACCAAUAACAUAAGUAUCAUGCACGUCGAUAUGAAUGGAAAGAGUAAACUAGAUUCAGGCAUUCAAGAGACACUCAAACAGGAUCAGAAAAACAGAAUGGUGCCGAUGGUUGUGCAGGUGCAGGCACCUAUAACUAUUGUGGUGGGGGAAUACAAAUUGAGGGAGUUUGUGGUAUAUGUAAACUGUUCUUUGACACUUGAUAGCUUGUCAGCGGACAAGAAUCCCGAGAUCAUAACAAGCACAUAUACAAUACAUGCUACAUUGUAA